AUGAAUCGCAUUAAUCCCAGCGAGCUGGAGUCCCAGGACUUGAAUCCCCGUGAUAUUCCCCUCAUCGCGCAUCCCAACACGGUCACCGAGAGGACAACCUCACUUUUCACCGCUCCCUCGGCGCAACCAAAUCAUGCGAAAAGACCUGUACCUGAACCCCGGCCUAGCUCAAGCUUCUUCAGCAUCGUCCUCCUCUCCCCCACCAACCAGGUCCUUCUCCUCCACCGCGUGAAGACGUCAAAAUCCUUCGCAUCAGCCCAUGUCUUCCCCGGCGGAAACCUCGACAGCUACCAAGACGGCACCAUCCCCCCGGCUGAUUCCCUCGAGCGCCACCAAGACGGCCCAGCCUACCGCCUCGGCGCCAUCCGCGAAUGCUUCGAAGAAUCCGGCAUCCUCCUAGCCACCCGCAAAAACGCAACAAAAAAAGACGACGUGUCAUCGACCGCCAACGCCAACGCCGACGCCGACGACCGCGUCCUCGUCAGCCUCUCCCCCACCGAGCGCGACGCGGCCCGCAAACGCAUCCACGCCAACGAAGUGCGCUUCGCCGACUGGGUCGCCUCCGUCGGCGGCGCGCCCGACCUCGACGGCCUGAUCCCCUUCACGCGCUGGGUGACGCCCACCAACGUGGCGCGGCGGUUCACGACCCAGAUGUACCUCUACCUCAUCCCGGACGUGUCGCUCUCCCCCUCGUCGUCGUCGUCGUCGUCGUCAUCGUCCACGGCCGCCGAGGCGGCACGGCAGAGGGAGAUCAUCGUGGCGACGCCCGACGGCGGGGUGGAGCACACGGCUGCGCGGUUCGACGACGCGGCGGAGUGGAUUGCCCAGGCGGAUAGGGGGGAGAUUAUUUUGUUUCCGCCGCAGUACUACCUCUUACGGCUCGUUGCGCGGUUUUGCACCGGCGGCGGCGGGGGAGGGGACGCGGCGUCGCCGGCCGGGUUUGCGGCGCAACGAGAGCGGCUGUGCGCUUUCUUGAACAAAGUGCCCGCUUCGUCCUCGGAAAAGGGGGUCGGACAGCCCACGGCUCGGAUCCCGUGGUCGGAGAAGGUGAUGAGCCCUCAUACCCUCUUCAUUCGGAAGGGGGACGGGCGGAUCGUCUUGGGUCUCGAUAAGCCUGGUCCGGAGCUCAAGGACUCGGGCCGGGGCGGCGACUGGGAUCAUGUCGUCGUCGUGAGGUUUGCCAAGGAUGGGCCGAGGGAGGUCGAGGUGCGAGGGCGGGAGGAUGUGCUUAAGGAGGAGAGGGAGGCGGGGCACGGAGAGGCCUCCCCUCCUACCAGGCUGCGGGCGUUGCACCGUCGUUCCCCUGCCUACAUAAUCGGGUCCAUCAGCCAUUACCGACCGAUCGGGGUGCAUAUUGUCGCCUCAUUGUCACCUACACCUCGUGGAGUGUUCGGAGGCGCAGCUUACUUAUACUGUUAUACGCCCGUCCCCUCGGACGAACACAAGCAGAAAUGA